CCAUGUGGAAGUGGUAGCGACCGCGGAGCCACCGGAAAGGGAAUGGUCAGGGGCGGGAUCUCAGCGGAGAAGCUAAGGGUUUAUGGACAUCGACUCAUAUUAAGGGAUGUACCUAACUUUUUCAUCGUAACAAAACAAAGGACAAACCUAUAUUAGCCAGCAUGGAUGCAGGUGAGGAUCAAAACACGAGUUCCACCAAUGGAAAUGCUCAGACAGGGGGAAACUCCCGCCCAUCCCAGAUAGCACACAUGUCUCUGUAUGAGAGACAGGCUGUACAGGCUCUCCAGGCACUUCAGAGGCAGCCAAAUGCUGCUCAGUACUUCCAGCAGCUGAUGCUUCAGCAGCAGCAAAUCAACAGUGUCCAGCUCCAUAACCUGGCUGCUGUGCAACAGGCAACGCUUGCAGCGAGUCGGCAAUCAAACUCUUCCAAUAACAGUGUUGCCACCACCACUGUCAACCUGAGCACCACUUCUGGAGGAGGGACUGUGACUAAUCCCCGCCCCCUUGGUCCGGCCUCCUGUGCGACAACCACUGCUCUUAACCAAUCGGUAUUGUUGGGCGGGAACUCUGCCGGACAGGGACAGAUGUAUCUCAGAGUGAACCGCUCCCUGAGAGCCCCACUUGCCUCCCAGCUGAUAUUCAUGCCUGGUGGUACAGCCACAGCAGCUGUGGCCACAGUGACCCAGCAGCAGCCACAACAUCAGCAGCAGCAGCAGCAGCAGCAGGAAAACAAGUCUACCUUUCCUAGCACUCCUUCAGAACAUGAUCAGGUGCAGAACCUGGCGCUCCACUGUGCCUCAGCCCCCAGAGGGAUGGCAGUCAAGUCUGAGUUUCCAGACAGGAAGGAUGCUGCCAACUUCUCAUUUGGCCAACAACAGCAACAGCAGCCUUUCCCACAGACAGCCCAGCAGCAGCAAGUACAGCCACAGCCGCAGCAACUGACCAAGCAGAUAUCCACCUAUCCCCAGCAGGCUACCGCCACUUGUGCGGGGACAAAGCCCGAUGGCCAGGCCAACAUUAACCCUGCUGUAUCUGUUGCUCCUUCCUCGACAUCCUCCGCUGCCUUACCCUUGUCCCAGCUCCUCCUCUCCCCCUCUGCUCUUUGCCAGGCAAGAGCAGUAACCACGGUUACCCCCUCUGCCACGGUGACGCACAUCUUGGUCCCCACCUCGAGUGUUUCUACCUCCACACAGGGCUAUUCGCUUGGCUCCGUCACCACUAAGGCCAGCAUCAACGCCCAGACACUGGUAGUGCAGCCGUUGCAGCAGACUAACGUCCCAGUGGACAAAGGCCCCGUACCCAUCCAGCCCAAAACCACUCAGGGACACCGCCUACCAGUCCAAAUGCCCCCCCGACACCCGACGGCCAUUCUCCCGGCCCUUCCCACCCACAGCCAGGCCACCCCCGUGGGACACCACCCUCCCCAUAUUCCAGUCCAGCUGGUGGGAGCCCGACCCGGCUCUGCGGGGAACACGCAGGCCCUGGCCGUGGCCCAGAACCGAGGGAACACGGCUCCGGAGAACACGACCGGCGGGACUACCCACAGCGGGGCCGUGGCCAUGACAAAGCCUGCCGUCGGCUCCUUGAAAAGGAAAUCUGACUCAGAUGCCACAGAGCUGUCCGACUGCGCCUCGAUGAGAGAGGGGGCUCCUCCGCUGUCCCCCGCCCCUGCUAAGGACACUGCUCCGUCUGCCAUCCCAGCCUUCUCGUCUCCCCCUCUGCUGUCCCUACUGCUGCCCUUAUCGAGGGCAGGGCUCGGGGACAAGGACAGAGCUCCUCUGCCCCAGGCCGUGGUCAAACCCCAAGUCCUCACUCACCUCAUCGAGGGCUUUGUAAUCCAGGAGGGUGCUGAACCCUUCCCCGUGGCAGGGCUCAUGAAGGACAGAGAGUUUGCCUUGGUUGGGCGCUCAGAGAAUGGAUCUGCAAGUAAAGUGUUGAAGUGUGAGUACUGCCAGAGCCUUGCUCCAGCCGGUCAGUUCAGAGGAUCCAAGAGAUUCUGUUCAAAGACCUGUGCAAAGAGGUACAACGUCAGCUGCAGCCAGCACUUCCGCAUCAGCAGGGGGCGCUCUGGUCCAGGGGCCAGCCCCCUGCAGCCGCCGCCUCCUCCUCACCUGGAGACCUCCGCCCGACGGAGGGGCCCUCCUCGAAGGAGCAGCUCAGAGAUCGCCUCUGCAAAGAUAUCAGGCAAACAUUUACCUGUUAAGUGUCAGUCAGAGUCCAGUCACUCGGAAGAGCAGUCCAGCGAUGGAGAAGAUGAGGAGGACGAAGAGUUUUCUCCCUCGCUUUCCCCAAGCUCCUCCCUGUCCUGUCCAAGGCCCGCCCACAGCGUCCCGCAGUCGGACAGCUUGGCCCCGAGCAGCCACGCGAUGGAUGCCUCAAACGCCUCCCCCGGGAGCCCCGCCAACUGGGGCGUGGCAGAAGUCUGCAGGUUCAUCUCGUCACUGCAAGGCUGUGAGGAGCUGGCCAGCCAGUUUCUCUCCCAGGAGAUAGACGGCCAGGCCCUGAUGCUGCUCAGAGAAGAUCAUCUGAUAUCCACCAUGAACAUCAAGCUGGGCCCCGCCCUCAAGAUCUGCGCCUCGAUCAACAGCCUACGAGACUGAGGUCUGUGCUGCUCAGACGCUAUCAGCAUGACUGGAGCAGACCGGAGGGGGUCUGGGGUUCACAUGGAAUCACAUAACUGGGGUCUGAACCAGGGCUUCAGACUGCAGCGAGUGGUUGCGGGAUGAUGAUCAAAUCAUAACAGUGGACCAUGAUUAACACAAAAGACAUACACUGAUGGUUCUGCUCUUUGGCUUUCAUUGUGGGGCGUGUGGAAGGAGAAGGUUUAGGAAUAAGUGCCCUGGCUUUGUCUUGGUAGAAAAUUGAAUGUGAAACAUAUUAUGUGUUAACCGCGCUGGCCCUAUAGGCUUAAACGUUACGUUAUGUCCGUUAGAGAGAAACAGUGAGUGGGAUGUCUCCGUCAAUGUAUGUAGCAACUGUAGCAAGAGUAUAAUCUCUGUGUGACUGACUGCAUUCAGAGCUAAUUGUGCUAGCAAAUUAGUUCUGCUUGCUAGGUUGAGUAAGUCUGUUGCAUUAUAAGAAACAGGACUGUUGCCUUUUAAACUCUUAAGUGAGGGUGCUUUAACUGGAGUGGUGAGCUGGAGGGUCAAACCCCAUAUUCAUUCAUUCCAUUUCUUUGACAAUGUUCCUUUUUUUUUUAAGCAAGAGUAUAUCUUUAAAACAUGAAACCAGGCUCCGUACAUACAGUGAAACACAUUUUGAGUCUGUUCUUUUAGUUGUUGUUUUUUAUUGUACUGUUAUAAAACACUUUUAUACCUUGUCUGUUUAUUAUUGUUCAUUUUUGUACUAUGAUCAAAGUUCUAUUUUUCCAGGGCAGUUUUACAUGGAUGUUUUAUGUAGUGAGUUUUAGCAGCUUUAACUGACCUAACUACCUGAAUAGAGGUGUGGUGGUCUCCUCUGUGGAGGACGGACCCGAAGCGCCCUGUCGACCUGUAUGCAGUAAUAAACCAAUAAACAAUGCCUGUUCAACCUAA